ACAUCGAAUAAUCGUGAUGCUCACCGCGUAGGCCCGAAUGGGGAAUUAUAUUCAAAUUUUUAUAUCUAUACGUAUGUAUUUAUGUUUGCCGUAUUAAUUUUUUGAGUCGGUUACUUUCUCUUCACCGUCCUCUUCGGAAGAGUCAACUACUUCUAUGAUGCAUCAGCAUCUCCUCAGUACAACCACUAGUUGGAUUUUGUCUCUUACCUGUUUUUUUGUACUAAUAUAAUUUUAAUGUUAUUUAUCUAAAAGUAAAUAACUGUGUACACUACAUAUUAAAUAAUAUUCACAUAUGCGACUCUUACAUAAGGUCCAAAUGUAUGGUAAACAAUAAAAAAGUGUGUUUCAGUGUGCUGUGUAUUUUCAUCGCAUGAAAAUUCUACUUGAGUGAGCUUGAAUGCCGGCUAGUGAAAUCAGUUGUAUGGGAACCUUCUUGUGGUGUAGUUCGGAAAGUGCUAAAGCAAAGUGGAAAAGCGCGCGCAAACUAAAAAAAGAAGAAACCCACACUUCUCCAGCUUUUCGACACACUUUCGACUUCUUUGGAUUUAACACAGAAGAAGGGAGUGGAAUUGUGAUCAUCCGUGAACAAAAAUGCCACCCAGUAUUUCCAAAUCACCUCUACUUGAAGAGAACCUAACAACCAGUGAUGUGCGUCAGAGGAAGAAUGAUUGCAACGACAAUCCAUUGAAUGUUGACGGAAAGGAGGAGAUCAAAGGCGAGGAAUCUUCCACAAACUACACAGACUUCAAGCCCGAAAUCAGAUGGCCCGAUCUCAUUGUGCAAAUUUUCAUCCACGCAGGUGCCCUCUAUGGGUUCUACUUGAUGUUCUCCAUCAAAUUCUAUUCAUUUCUAUGGUUCAUAGCUUUAAUAUACGGGUCGGGCUUCGGAAUUACUGCUGGUGCCCACAGACUAUGGUCACACAAAGCUUACAAAGCUAAGUUACCACUACGACUGCUUCUUGUGUUCCUCUUCACAAUUGCUGGACAAAGGGACGCCUACACGUGGGCCCACGAUCACAGGGUACACCACAAGUAUUCAGAGACAGACUCUGAUCCACACAAUGCCAAAAGAGGCUUUUUCUUUGCACACGUAGGGUGGCUCUUCCUUACUCCUCACCCAAAUGUCGUUGACAAGAGGAAAACCAUUGAUAUGAGCGAUCUGGAGGCUGAUCCCAUUGUUAUGUGGCACAAACGCCUUUACGUGCCACUAUUUGCUCUCUUUACUAUCAUUCUGCCAGUAGCUGUGCCGUGGUACUUCUGGGGAGAGGAUCUCUGGCUAUGCUUUUGGACAAUGUUCAAUCUUCGCUUCUGCACAACGCUCAAUAUUGCCUUUUUCGUUAACAGCGCUGCUCACAUGUGGGGCCAGAGACCGUAUGAUAAAAACAUCAAUCCAGCUGAGAAUAUUGGUGUAGCAGUUGCGGCACUUGGUGAAGGAUGGCAUAAUUAUCACCACGUUUUUCCUUGGGAUUACAAAACGGGCGAGCUUGGAAAUUACACUCUGAAUCCCACAACAGGCUUCAUUGACUUUUUCGCCAAAGUCGGUUGGGCUUUUGAACGUAAAUCCGUCUCCCCUGACAUGAUUGCCAGAAGAGCCGCCAGAUGUGGUGACGGUACACACUUCCUUAAUUCAGAAGAGGCUCACAAGGAUGCAGUUUGGGGCUAUGGAGACAAGGAUAUUCCGUCAGAUGAUGAAGUUGAGCUGCGAUCAAUGCAAUAAUAAAAAAAUCUGCACGCUGACUCAAAAAACACCUUCUGACGCUGUCUCUUCAGAUUAACUCUGAACAAAACUUGUACACAUUUUUGGUUUACUUUAUUAGAAAUGAAAAAUUAAUAACUGGUUA